AUGAUGAACAAGGCAGCAACACUCCUGUCGACUGUGCUGUUACUAGGGUCGGCUCAGGCAAAUUUACUGCCAGGAGGGCCCACCGAUCCGGAACCCACCGAUCCUUGUGAGCCAAAAUGCUGCUUGCAGCCACGACGAAAAGAGCUUGAGGCCGGUGAGCUCUUUGUCAAGGAAGCCCACGAACGUGCUUUGGAGGAGGAGGACGCUCCUCUCAUGUGCGGUGACGAACCGGCUGGAUAUUCCUGCUUUUCCGAAUAUGAGUUUUGUGAGGGAUCAUGUGGGGUUGACUAUGCUGAUUAUUGCGGCAAUUUUGGAGGACUCGUGUGCUAUCCUAAUUGCCCCACCGAUCCUCCACCAACGGACCCUGAACCAACCGAUGGUGGAUGCUGUGGAGAUCCUCAUUUCAAGGUAAGUCAAGAGCUGAGCUCACUUUGA